GCGAACAGACGGAACCGUCACGGCACGGGAUUCCUUCUCCACCCAGGCCCGUCAGAACCGCCAUAAAUACCCGCCCCUUCCUCGCCUCCUCCAAUCCCCACCACCGCUCCAGAACGGAACGAACGAAAAAUCCCCAACCAAUCUCGUCGCCGAUCAACCCUAGGCUCGUCGAAUCCUCCUCCCCCGCCGCCUCAAGAUGCAGAUCUUUGUGAAGACAUUGACUGGCAAGACCAUCACCCUUGAGGUCGAGUCGUCUGACACAAUCGACAAUGUCAAGGCCAAGAUCCAGGACAAGGAGGGCAUCCCUCCGGACCAGCAGCGUCUCAUUUUCGCUGGCAAGCAGCUUGAGGAUGGCAGGACCCUUGCUGACUACAACAUCCAGAAGGAGUCCACCCUUCACCUUGUCCUCCGCCUUCGUGGAGGCAUGCAGAUCUUCGUCAAGACGUUGACUGGCAAGACCAUCACCCUUGAGGUGGAGUCGUCUGACACCAUCGACAACGUCAAGGCCAAGAUCCAGGACAAGGAGGGCAUUCCUCCGGACCAGCAGCGCCUCAUCUUUGCCGGCAAGCAGCUGGAGGAUGGCCGCACCCUUGCUGACUACAACAUCCAGAAGGAGUCCACCCUGCACCUUGUCCUCCGCCUUAGGGGAGGCAUGCAGAUCUUCGUCAAGACCCUCACCGGCAAGACCAUCACACUUGAGGUGGAAUCCUCCGACACCAUUGACAACGUCAAGGCCAAGAUCCAGGACAAGGAGGGCAUUCCUCCGGACCAGCAGCGCCUCAUCUUUGCCGGCAAGCAGCUGGAGGAUGGCCGCACUCUUGCUGAUUACAACAUCCAGAAGGAGUCCACCCUACACCUGGUGCUCCGCCUCCGUGGUGGUCAGUAAUUGCCCUGACGUUGGACCUGCUGCUAUUAGUCCUGUGUCUUGUUCGUGUUAAGUCUACUGUAUCUGGUUUGAUGGACCAUGAGUCCUGAUGAUGUGUGUUGGUUUCGGGGAAACAGUUGCUGGUAUGGUUUGGUAUGAAUAAGUGAAUUUGAACCAA